AUGGCCCAUCCAUUCCAUCCACCGGAGGCUCCUCGUCCGGAGCGCCAGGUGAGACGGGCAGUGGCGACGUUUCAGACUUGCGCAGACCUUGGGAGGGCGCAUUCGUUUCCUCUACCGUUACCGUUGGAUGAGUUCUCCAUCGAAGCCACCAUGGAUCUGUUGGAAAGGGCAGGUCAGAAGUUGGACUUCCAGCCAGAAGAUUUGGUGGCAUGGGCAGUUGAUCAACCAGAGACAGCAAAGUCCAAGGGUCCACAGAAGUUCUGCCAUUGUGGCCUGUCCACGCCACAGGAAGAGUGUUUCCAGGCGCUCUGCCAGCAUCUGGGGCAGAUGGUCGCAGAUCAGCGGCGCAAAGGCCAGCUUAUCCUGUUACAUGUCCAGCGCAAAGCCGCUGGGUGGAGGGAAGAUCUUCCCGUCAACGAGCCAUCACCUGCUGCACGGUUACUUACUGCAUCUAGUCCCAUCGCAAAGGGCUACGCAUCCAGCAGUGAGUUGGCACCUCCGAGGGUCCAAAAGUUGCAAAAACAGUCGCCGGGAGACCUGCGGUUGCAGGCGCAAGGCUUAUGGGCGGCUUUGGAAAAGGCCAAGGUCUACAUCCCGCCCCUCGAGGCUGAGAAAGCCAAUGACAAGUUCCACUUGGAAAGGCAUGGCCAUGGCCGAGGCAAUACCAAGAGCACUAAGAAACGGCGAAAACGUCAGGAUCGUCACGACCUCUGUCGCCUGAUUCUGCACCUGGAGCAGCUGGCGUUGGACAACGGCAUGGAGCUACCUACGUCCAACGUUGCGGGCAGAGAAGUGCCAGGAGACGAAAGUGAUGGCAGUUCUUCCGCAGACCACUGA